AAAUGUAUGGGGGGCUGUAGUACUCUUUAGUAUUUCCAACAGAAAUAACUAACAGUGGUGGAGCUGGGUCUGGGUUCGUUUUUCUUGGACCCAACCACACAACAUAUUUUGGGCCAGAAUGAAUGAGAAUAGAAUACAAGCCAGCCAUAAGGCCCACUCAACCAACCCCAAUCUGCUCUACUGUAGCCUAUGCUUUGUCCUUCCUCUUCCCACACCGCGAUCCAUGCUUCUCUCAGCUUCACUCUUCUGCUCCUAAUCCCAACUUCCAUUCCAAAUCCAUGGAAGAAUACCCAGAUGAGCUUCGCACCCCCCCUAUUGCUUUAUCGUGUUUGGUGGGGUGUGCCGAGGUGCACGGCUUGAUCACGGCGCAUCUCCACUCACAGCAGCCCCCUAUCAAUACCAUCGCAUUGCCAGAUUUCUCUAAGAUCUCUCUCAUCCCCCCAAAAAAGCCUCCUAGAGAGACUUCGGAGCCUGUCGCCGGCAUCUUCAGGAGAGAUUGGCUUUCAAAGCACCGGACGAGGAUCCCCGCUGUUGUCGCUGCUCUUUUUAGCUCUCAUGAUGUGUCUGGAGACCCCGCUCAGUGGCUCCAGGUAAAAUUACGAAUCAACCAUUUCUCAUAUAUUCUAUUGAUGGCCACGAUUCGUGGGAGAAACAUCAAAUUGGUGGUGGUGGUUGUCACUCUGUCAGGUCAUAAAGAUUACACAAGUGAAGAUCGCAUGGUUGCCUUGAGGAAACGUGCAGAAGUAGAUUCUAAGAACCUCAUCAUUUUUGUACCAGAUGACGAAUUGGAGCUUAGACAAUCUCUAAACAGGCUUUGGACUGCAGUGGCAGAUCUGGCAAAUGUGUAUUACAGAGAUGAAGGACGAAAAAUAAAAGUUCGUCUUGAAAAGAGAAGUUUCAGCUCUAUGGAGUUAAAUGUUCGGUACUGUUUCAAAGUUGCUGUAUAUGCAGAAUUUCGAAGAGACUGGCUUGAAGCUCUAAAACUAUAUGAGGAUGCCUACCACGCACUCCGGGAGAUGGUUGGAAUGUCAACAAAAACGCCCCCUAUCCAACGCAUUGUUGAGAUCAAGACUAUUGCCGAACAACUUCAUUUUAAGUUGUCAACUUUAUUGCUGCACAGUGGAAAAGUUGUAGAAGCAAUUACAUGGUUCCGCCAGCACACUGCGAAUUAUAGGAGCCUUAUGGGAAGCCCAGAAGUUAUUUUUCUUCAUUGGGAAUGGCUAAGCAGGCAAUAUUUGGUAUUUGCUCAACUGUUGGAGACAAGCUCAGCUGAUGUCCAGCAUGUUCCAAGUAUGGUCUCAGUUGCUGCAGAGAAACCAACCGAAUGGGAGUUUCAUUCAGCUUAUUAUUAUCAGUUGGCAGCUAGCUACCUCAAAGAAAAAAAUGUGUCUCUGGAAUUUGCAUUAUCUAUGUCAGAGGAUGUUGGUCCAAUUGAUGGGAGUGCAGAGUCUGUGGUUGCUUCUGCAUAUCUUGGUCAGUUUGCAAGGCUAUUUGAGCAUGGGGAUACUUGCAUAAUGCAAUCUCUGACUGAUGAUGAAUAUGUCCGUUAUGCACUUGCUGAAGGGAAGAGAUUCCAGGAUUCCUUUGAAAUUAUUGCUCUUCUAAAGAGAUCUUGUGAAGCAUACAGUAACUUAAAGGCUGAGAGGACAGCUGCCUAUUGUGGAUUGCAGAUGGCUAAAGAAUAUUUUGCUGUAAGUGAUUUCGGCAAUGCUAAGCAAACAUUUGAUAAUGUUGCAAGUCUUUACCGAAGAGAAGGUUGGCUAUUGUCAUUGUGGGAGGUUUUGGGUUAUCUAAGAGAGUGCUCAAGGGGAAUUAGUUCCGCGAAAGACUUCAUAGAAUAUUCACUUGAAAUGGCUGCUCUGCCAGUAACAUCUGAUGCUUUUGAGCCAUCUUCUAAGGAUUGCGGUCCAGCUGGACCUGCAACUCUUUCACAGAGAGGUAAGAUACAUGAGGAAGCAUUUGAGGUUGCCAGGGGGGAAUCAGAACUUAAUUUGAAAGAACAGAACACUGAACUAAAAGUCAACAGUGAUUAUCCUCUUUAUCUUGAGAUUGAUCUUGUCAGUCCCCUAAGAGUUGUACUUCUUGCUUUGGUUGCUUUUCAUCAACCAGUGGUUAAGCCAGGUGCUCCGUCUCUCAUCACCAUAUCACUUCGAUCCCAAUUGCCAACCAAUGUGGAGAUUGAUCAGUUGGAGGUGCAAUUUAAUCAAUCUGAGUGUAAUUUUAUCAUUGGGAAUGGUAAGAAGCCACACAUAGCUGCAAUCUCCAAUAUACAACCGGGUCGCAGAGUUGAGACAGCUCCAAGUCUGGUGCUUGCUACAAACAAAUGGCUGCGGUUGACAUAUGAGAUAAACUCUGAUCAUAGUGGAAAGCUUGAAUGCAUAUAUGUAAUUGCAAGAAUAGGACCACACUUCACAAUAUGUUGCAGAGCUGAGAGUCCUGCCUCAAUGAAUGACUUACCACUUUGGAAGUUUGAAAACCUAGUAGAAACUAUUCCCACCAAGGAUCCUGGUCUGGCAUUCUCCGGGCAGAAGGCAAUACAGGUCGAAGAGCCGGACCCACAAGUUGAUCUAAUCUUAGGUUCAUCUGGCCCUGCAUUGGUUGGAGAGAGCUUUAUUUUGCCUGUGACCAUUUCCUCUAAAGGACAUGCAGUGUAUUCAGGUGAGUUAAAGAUUAACCUGGUAGAUACAAGAGGAGGUGGCCUGCUUAGCCCAAGAGAAGAGGAACCGUUCUCAGCCGACAAUCUCCAUGUUGAGCUUGUUGACAUAUCUUGCCAUGUACCUGAAGAUCAGUCUGAAGCUCCUUCAGAUAAGAUUCAGAAAAUUCAGCCCUCAUUUGGAUUGAUUUCUGUCCCAUCUCUAGAUGUGGGUGAAUCAUGGUCCGGCCAACUUAAAAUUAAGUGGAAUCGUCCUAAGCCUAUCAUGCUCUAUGUCUCGUUGGGUUACUAUCAUCAAAGUGGUGAACCUAGUUUACAGAAAGUGCAUGUGCAUAAAAGCUUGCAGAUCGAAGGCAAGACUGCUGUUACAAUAAGCCAUCGGUACCUGCUUCCGUUUCGGCAGGAUCCUCUUCUACUCUCAAAAAUCAAGUCAGUUUCUGAUCCUGAUCAGAUGCCAUCACUAGCUCUAAAUGACUUAACUAUGCUUAUAGUUAGUGCUAAGAAUUGUUCAGAGGUGCCGUUGCGAUUGCUGUCUGUGUCUAUUGAGAGGGAAGAGGAUAAUGAUGCAUGUGCUAUACUACCUCAGCAUGAGGAGUUCAGAGAAUCUGUUGUUCAUGUGCCAGGAGAAGAGUUUAAGAAGGUUUUUACUGUCAUUCCGAAGUUAAAUUGUACGAGGCUGAAGAUUGGUACUGUUUGUCUGAGAUGGCAAAGGGAUUCAAGAGUGGAGGAACAAUUCGAUUUUUGUGAUAGUGCAUAUCAAGUUACAAAACACAGGCUUCCUGAUGUGAAUAUUGAACUACCUCCAUUAGUUGUGAGUUUAGAAUGCCCUCCACAUGCCACUCUUGGGAAUCCCUUCAGAUAUUCUGUUAAAAUUCAUAAUCAGACAGAGUUCCUCCAGGAGAUCAAAUUCUCAGUAGCUGAUUCACAGAGUUUUGUGUUAUCAGGACCCCACAAUGAUACGAUCUUUGUCCUGCCAAGGUCGACGCAUGUUCUCAGUUUCAUGCUUGUACCUCUGGGGCUAGGAUCUCUGCAGCUUCCUAGAGUGACAGUGACUUCAGUGAGAUACUCUGCUGGUUUACACACCUCUCCUGCAUCAUCUAUUGUCUUUGUCUACCCAUCAAAGCCCCAUUUUGAGGCAAGUGAUAUGAAGGAGACGAGAACGAAUUCUGUUGUUGCUGAGUAGUUCAUUGUAUUUAACCAGGAUGUCAGCCAUGGGUUACAUGGGGAAAUGAAUGAGUAUGUUGAUUAAUCGUUCCUAAUACACCACAUGUCUUGUAGUCUUGUAAACAGGCAGAUCUGCUGUGUCAAAGCAAUGGUACUAGCGCCAUCUCAACUGCUAGUCAGAGGUCCACACUGCUGCGCUGGGCCUUCAUGCUUUAAGGUCAGUGCCCGUCGACAGGUUUUCAAUAUUUGCCAUACUCAGGGAUGAAGGGUCCUCUUGAAAAUUGUAACACCACUUCUAUAUUAUAUCUGUAUAAAGUUGGUUUGUUGGGAGGGGGGCAUUAACAUUGAAGAAACAUUCUAUAUGUAAUGUUUAUUUUUUUUUAGCCCAAAUAUUACUGUAACUGUUUGAGAAGUCACUGAGAAUGCUGAGGGUUGGAGUUGGAAGAGCUACAGAAUCGGACUGUGCAAAUGUAAUCCGACUAUGAAAUAUGAAAGUUUUGUGGCAUUCGAGAUGAUA